AUGUCGCGCGGGGAAGACUCAUACGACGGCCCGGAGCCGCAAGCCCAGAAAGUCUCGAGGUAUCGGGCCUUGAGAGGCAACAACAGCCAUCCGGCAAGGCCCAGCCCGGCGAGCUACGAUAUCUCAUAUACGAACCAGGAGGCACCCCCGGCGCAGGCAAAGGAGGAUGUUCCCGAUUCAGCCCCUGCACCUGUCACUGCGCCGGGAAACUCUAUCUCCAGGUCCAUGUCACGCUACCGUCGACGUGCUGCCAGCGUAUCCGGCGAUAGCGAUGCAACCCCGAAGAUUGCAGCUCCACAACCAUAUGAUGCGCCCCCUGUUCCUGCUAUACCAUCCACCGUCCGGACGAGUGGCAAUGGGCAAGGCACCUUGCUUGCGCAGAAUGGCAACGAAGGCGCUGCUUCGACCGGCUCCCGUGGCACUUCGAUUUCCUCCUCCUCGCAGCACAACCACCACCAGCUGCGACACCUCGACCACGCCGCAAGGAAUUCCUAUCGCAGGAUGACGGACCAUGAGAGCCAGUCUCGCAACACGAGCGGCGAAAGCGAGCGCAAGAGAACAGCCGAUCGAGAUGACGUUGAGAGGCGCCUGACGGACCAGGCUGCCGCGUCAAAGCAUGCAGAGCAGGUUGCACACAAGGAGAGUGAGGCCCAUCGGUUGCUCGCCCAGCAGAAGAAGAAGGACCUCGAGAGGCUUCAGAUCCAAUUGGCCAACAGCCAGACUCAGGCGACUAAACCGGCCAAGGUCAGGAGUCCUGUGAUCGAGAAGUUCGUAAUGUUGACAAAGCGGCGGAAGAGCAAGGAUGGCCUCUCGCCGACGUCCUCUACGCCCAAUCGCAGUCCGACAAAGCCUCCAGACGUUCCCAAGCUGCCCAUUGGGAUCGAGGUCGGAGGCAAAGGCAUCGUACCGCAGACAGAUGCGCCCGUCUCGGCGGUGAAUCAUGGCGAACGCAUCGUUUCUGUGCGCUGCAAACAUCAUACGUUCAUCUUGUCCGUCAGCCCAGACACUACGCCCGACGACAUCGUGCAAGAAACUGCGAAGAACAUGGCCCACGAUCUGGAAUGGAGCUCGUCAGGCUGCAUAGUACUCGAGUCAUACGGUCCUCUCGGCCUGGAACGCCGAAUCCGACGCUUCGAGCACAUACGGGAUGUCCUGAAUUCGUGGGACCGCGAUACUCAUAAUCAAUUGGUUGUCUCGAUGUCGACGGAUCCGGACCAGGACCGAGAUCUGGAUGUGGAAUCUGUGCCCGACGGCGAGGAACCGCCCAAGGGAGUGCAGCUAUACAUGUAUCACUCAAACCGGCCCGGGAAGUGGAACAAGCGAUGGGUCACCCUCAUGGACAACGGCCAGAUUAUAUGCGCCAAGAAGCCCAACGCCAGCUCGUCGGACAAGGACACCCUCAGUCUGUGCCACCUGUCAGACUACGAUAUCUACACCCCAGUAGAGUCGCAGAUGAGGAGACACCUCAAGCCUCCAAAGAAGCACUGCUUCGCCGUCAAGAGCCAGAACAAGCCGGCCAUGUUCAUGAACGCGGAGAACUUUGUCCAAUACUUCUGUACGGAAGAUCCUCAGAUUGCGGCACAGUUCUCAGCACGAAUUCAAAGCUGGCGGAGCUGGUAUCUAGUAGAUCGCAGACCCGCCGCGCGCCGGGUUUCAGUACCCAAGACGGACGAUAAGCCUCCACGGUUGAGUAGUACUUCCAAACACGCACCCAAGAAGUCGAUCAACAUUGCAACUUCUGGUGAGCACCGCCUCAGGAUUUCAGUUGAUGAGUCCCCAUACGCCAUUGGAGAGUUCGAGCCGCUCCUCGACAUGAAGCGGUUUGAUAAACGGCUAUCUCAGUUUGGAAAGGACUUCCUGCCGCCUGAGCCAGACGUUUCUACCAUGCCGAAGUCCAUCCCGGCGCACCUGAAAAAUGCGCCAGCGGAGAGCAAAUCGGAAGGCGCCCUCAUCGACAAGAUCAAAUCCGCCGAUGACGGAGCGUUCACCGGUAACGGUCUCCUGGGACAGACAUACAAGGAACGCAAAGCAAGCGUGGACAAAGAGGCAUCCAACAGGGGACUGUCGAAGGAAUUCGGUGAUCUGGGAGGGUCCCCUUUCACCGAUGGCCCUUCUUUGCUCAACAAGCAAGCCGAAGCCGAGGUUGCGCAAAAGCCGGAAAUAAGCUGGUUUCCCUCUGCUCAGGAGCACACGGCUAAAACGCGCGAGGUCGAAAAACCGCGUCCAAGCACCGCCGGUGGAGCGCUGCACGGUGGCAGGCCACCAAACGCCUCGCGCUCCCAGUUUCGGCCGCCACCGCUUCCGCAACUUGGCCGCCGACCAGAAGCACCACCCCACAUCCGAAGUCCGCACCGGCCUGGCUCGCCGGGCGGGGUUGCAGGGCUGGCCAACCCGGGAGCUCGCCGCCAGCCCCCAAAGCCUCUGGUCAACCUGUCUGCUCCAACCAUCAACGAGCCGCCACAGUGGGCCAGAAAGGGACACGGCGUCAAGGCACCAGAGGGGAUGCACCACCUUGUGGACAUGAUUAGUGUCGGGACGCCCAUGGGUGGGCCGAACGGCCUUCUUGAAGUGCCACCUCGCAGUGCUGUAAGAAGGGGAACGGCGCCUCUACUCAGCGGGAUCCCGUCGCCAAGGGGCGCCUCUGGACCAGCCCGCACCCGGAGCAAGAGUUCGGGUGGCCCUGCCUCAAGGACUCUGCUGGACGAUAUCCCUCCAGUGCCCUCCCUACCUGGGCGAAACGAGGGCAGGACCAUGACCCUGGGCGAGAGGGAUAGAGCUCAACUUGAAGCAUUCCGCUCUGAGGGGAGGACUAUGACCUUGGGAAGGCGGGACAGGCCACCGAUGGAUGCUUCAGCUCCAAGGGAUCCAAGGGAUCGCCGGGGAUGGGGCACAGGAAGGGAAAAGGAGACACUUGACUACAACUCAAUCCCUGAGAGAACUGGUACGCUCAAGGUAGUAUGA